AUGUUUCAGUAACAAUGGCUAUGAAAGUAGCUAUUAUUGGUGCAGGUUGCAGUGGACUUGCAGCCAUCAAAUGUUGUCUGGAGGAAGGCCUGGAUCCUAUAUGUUUUGAAAAAAGCGAUGGCAUUGGAGGACUCUGGAAAUACUCAGAGAGGGUAGAAGAAGGAAGAGCCAGUAUCUACCAGUCUGUGUUCACUAAUACCUCCAAAGAGAUGAUGUGCUACAGUGACUUUCCAAUGCCAGAGGACUUUCCCGUGUAUCUCCAUCAUUCCAAGAUCUUAGAAUACCUUCACUUGUAUGCAGAACACUUUGACCUGCUGAAAUGUAUUCAGUUUCAGACUCAAGUUUGUAGUGUAAAGCAAAGUGAGGACUUUGCUACUAGCGGACAAUGGAAUAUUGAGAUUGAAACCCGUGGCAGGGAAAAUGUGGAAAGGAAGGAAGAGAUUUUUAAUGCAGUAAUUGUCUGCAAUGGACAUUAUAAUGACCCUUACAUGCCUCUAAACUGUUUUCCAGGUAUAGAAUAUUUUAAAGGCCACUACAUUCACAGUCGUUUCUAUAAAACAAGUGAAAAGUAUCACGGGAAGACAGUUUUAGUUGUAGGCACUGGAAAUUCAGCUGGAGAUAUAUCAGUGGAACUUAGUCAUACUGCUAAACAGGUUUAUCUAAGUACCAGAAACGGAUCCUGGGUGGUCAGUCGUAUUUCUACUGGUGGUUUUCCUAUUGACAUGAGCAUGUCAAGACGCUACACUAUGUGGAUCAAGAAUCUACUACCAAAUAUACUUGCUGCCAAGAUAAGUGAAAAACUUAUGAGUGGGUGGUUUGACCAUUCAAACCUUGGCUUGGAACCUAAACACAGGUUGAAGCAUCCAGUGGUGAAUGAUUAUCUCCCAAGUCAAAUCCUGCAAGGAUCGAUUAAGGUGAAACCUGGUAUUACAUCUUUCUCUGAAACAUAUGUCACCUUUGAAGAUGGUACUAUGGCUGAAGUGGAUGACGUUAUUUUUGCUACCGGAUAUAGCUCCAAAUUUUCUUUUCUUGAUGUAAAUAUCAUCAAACUUAAUGACAAUGAUGUAUCUUUGUAUAAAUAUGUUUUUCCAAUUCACUUGAAGAAGACAACCAUUGCUUUCUUGGGAUUAGUACAACCCCUUGGAUCAAUUAUGCCAACAGUUGAACUACAGGCUCGAUGGGUUUCCAGAGUGUUUAAGGGGGCUGCUCUACUACCAUCAGCAAGGAAGAUGGAAAAUUAUGUUUCUAAAUGGAAGGACAAGAAGAAUAAAUGGUUUGGUGUAGGAAGGACACAAACUCUGCAGAUACACUAUAUUGAUUAUAUUAAUGCCAUCUCUGAGGAGAUUGGAGUAAACCCCAACAUGCUGUAUCUUUUCCUCACAGACCCAAAAUUGGCAUGGCAAGUAUUCUUUGGGCCAUGCACACCUUACCAGAUGAGGCUAACUGGACCUGGGAAGUGGUGUGGAGCAAGAAAUGCUAUCCUCACCCAGUGGAACAGAACAAUUCAACCAACUAGAACCCGUAGUUUGAAUAAACAGCCACAAUUCUGGACAAGAUUUACAAAAACGUUAAUCAUCUGUGGUUUAGUGACAGCCUUGUGGUGUGGUUCAAAGGCUCUUUCAUGGAGAGUACAAAAUGGAUAUUUUAAAUGUAUUUAG